GUUUACUCUUUUCUUAUUACUUGUACAACGAAUAAAGAUGAAGUUCUCUACUAUUGUUUUGGGAUUGAGUGCAGCUGCCGUUGUCGCAGCCUCCAAGCAAGAACCUGCUUCAACUGUAACUGUCACCGUUACUGGUUCUACCCAAACUCACAAGAACGGUAGAUUUGACAAGACCAAGCCAGCUUCUAAGGCUAAGGAAACCGGUACCCACAAGAACGGUAGAUUUGACAAGACCAAGCCAGCUUCUAAGGCCAAGGAAACCGGUACCCACAAGUACGGUAGAUUCGACAAGACCAAGCCAGCUUCUAAGGCUAAGGAAACCGGUACUCACAAGUACGGUAGAUUCGACAAGACCAAGCCAGCUUCUAAGGCUAAGGAAACCGGUACCCACAAGUACGGUAGAUUCGACAAGACCAAGCCAGCUUCUAAGGCCAAGGAAACCGGUACCCACAAGUACGGUAGAUUUGACAAGACUAAGGCUCCAUCCACUGUCACUGUCUAUGUAGAACCAACUGGUGCUAACAAGCAAGUUGUCAUUGCUGCCAGAGACGUUAACGCCACCAACGGUACCAACGGUACCAACGGCUCUUCUUCUGCCUCCCACGGUGCUGCCGCCUCUUCCCACGGUGCUUACUUGGGUGCUGCCGGUGCCUUGGCUGCCGGUCUUUUAUUGGUUGUUUAAGUAAAGUGAUCCUUUAAAUGAGUCCUUUCUUUCAAAAACCAGUUCGUUUUUUCCGCCAGUAUACCAGCGCUAGACAUGAUUCAAUGCUCCUUUGGCAGAUAGAUUUUGUCGCGGUCGCCUAGUUUUCUUUUUCCAUAUUUUACACCAAAGUUAAUUGUGUAUAAAAUUUUAAUAUAAAGUCAUUUGUUA